CAGACUGAGGGGAUAUUAAAAAAUCAAAGCGGCUGAGGUUAGAUGCAGCCAGAGCGGGGUGCUGUGAGGAUCAGAGAGGUGUUUGGUGACGGAUCUUUGCUCACAUUCAGAGAAGAAACCGGCCGAAGAAGAGGAGGGAAGGGGAAAGGACAAUGCUGUAUUUUUUAUCGUCUCUGAAAAGAUGAAUCUUCGCUCGGAGGGGGAUGCGGCAUAGAUUUGAUGAUAAUCACCGGCAGUCUGUCGAUUUAGCCAUCGUUAUUUCUGAUUCAACUCUCGUACUGACUCAUUCUGCUGUGGCAGCGUCUAAUUCAGGGAUUUAUUAACUGUACAUUGUCUUAUAUUAUAACACUAAGCUGCUUUUUAAAUGCUCUAAUUAUACAUUCAUUUUUAUUCAGAUUUUUCAAGUUGAAUCAUUUCGUUUUCAAGCAGCUGGCUCAUCCGGAUGCCUCCGCCUGAAUAUUAAAUAGUUCCCUCGAUGUGACUGCUUUAUGUUUUAAUUGGCCGCCGCAUGAAUUCUCCUACCGGAUUCUCGCCGGUAUACACUGCUGUCCUCCACCACCACCAGCACCUCCUCCUCCUCCUGCUCAGACGGCCGAUCCUCACAGAGGGCACUACCCUCCUCCUCCCCGCCGCUAAAGACAUUUUGAUCGUCCACCUACCCGGUUCCCCCCACCCGGACUCGGCCAUCACUUCGCCUGCCUCCUCCUCCUCCACCUCCACUACCACCACCACCACCUCCUCCUCUUCCUCCUCAGUAACAUGUCGGGACAGUCUUUGACGGACCGGAUCGCCGCCGCGCAGCACAGCAUGACCGGGUCUGCCAUCAGCAAAGCCGUCUGCAAGGCCACGACGCAUGAAGUCAGCGGACCCAAGAAGAAGCACCUUGACUACCUGAUCCACUGCACCAAUGAGCUGAACGUCAGCAUCCCCCACCUGGCAGACACACUGCUGGAGCGCACAACGAGCAACAGCUGGAUAGUUGUUUUCAAAGCGCUAAUCACCACACACCACCUCAUGAUGUAUGGCAACGAGAGAUUGAUGCAGUACCUUGCCUCCAGAAACACUCUUUUCAACCUCAACAACUUUCUAGAUAAGGCUGCACUACAAGGUUACAACAUGUCAACUUUCAUCAGACGCUACAGCCGCUACCUGAAUGAAAAAGCCAUGUCGUACAGACUAGCAGCGGUGGACUUCACCAAGAUGAAGAGAGGAGCUGACGGUGUGAUGCGCACCAUGAACACAGAGAAGCUGAUUAAGACUCUGCCUAUCAUCCAGAACCAGCUGGAUGCACUGCUUGAUUUCCAGCCAAACUCUAAUGAGCUGACCAAUGGAGUGAUAAACACAGCUUUCAUGUUGCUGUUUAAAGACUCCAUACGGCUCUUUGCUGCUUACAAUGAAGGAGUGAUCAACAUGCUAGAAAAAUACUUUGAUAUGAAGAAGAACCAGUGUAAAGAAGCUUUGGAGAUCUACAAGACUUUCCUCAACAGGAUGACCAAACUGUCUGAGUUUCUCAAAGUGGCAGAGCGAGUUGGGAUAGAUCAGGGCGACAGCCCCGAUCUCACACAGGCACCCAGCUCCCUCUUGGAGGCUCUGGAGCAGCAUUUAGCCUCUCUAGAGGGCAGGAAGCUUAAGGACCUCUCUGCUGCCAGCAGAUCCAGCACCUUGUCCAGUACGGUAUCCUCUCUCUCCAGCACUGGGAUCUCUCUCAGCCGUAUGGACGACAAGACAGAUGACAACAGACUGCAGCAACACAAGGAAGACGGUCACAAGGUGAUUGACAUUCAAACACCCAAUGCGUCACCCAGCACCCAAUCAGUGGGAAGUGCCAACAGCAGUGGAGGGGCGACAGAUCUCUUCUCUAACUCACCAAUUGUACCCGUCAACAACCAUGUGCCAAACCUGACCAGUGAGCUGUUCACCCUGCAGCCUAACUUCACCCCCAUCCAGACCACACACACUGUGCCCAACAAUAACAAUGCCUGGGGAGGUGACCUGCUAAAGCCAGCCCCACCUACUCAAAUUCACAGCCCUGGAGCCCAUUUGCACUCUGGGAAAAUGCUGCCCAAUGAUUUGGACUCUUCAUUAGCCAACCUGGUUGGCAACCUUCAAUUUGGAGGAACGCCAGCCAAAAAGCCAGAGCUCCAGUGGAGUCAGCUUGUAGAAAAGAAGCCCACAGGAGGAAGUGGCUGGCAGUCAAAGACUAUGUGCACCAGCACCAACUGGACUCACACCACCCAUCCCAUGGCACCUGCACCCAUGCCCGUCCCACAGAUGAACGGGAUGAUCUAUACUGGCUAUGCUCCAGCACCAGUGGCUUUUCCUAUGACGACACCUCAAGUGCCUGUGUAUGGAAUGCUCCCUCCUCAGAUGAGUCAUCAGAUGGGGGGAGUUCCUAUGAUGCCCCCUCAGCCUGUCAUGUACAACCAGCCUGUCCUGAGACCCACCAAUCCCUUUGGACCCAUCCCAGGGACACAGAUGCACUUCAUGUAGGGAUGAUGUGGUAACCAUGGCAGCAAAGCUGUGCGAGGAAAGAGAGAGGGAGAGAAAGAAAACGAAUCCAGAACCAAAUCCAGUGCCGGAGGAAGAAAGAAGAGGACAGAGAAGGAAAAAGGGAGGGAAGAGAGAGAGGGAGAGAGGACCAAAGGAGGGAUAAAAGAAGAAAUGCUGAUGUCUGUUUUCAUGUCGCCUCACCCUCUAAUCUCCUCUCCUCUCUCCAUGUGGCUACUGAUCUCUCUGUCUCAGAUUCUGUAAUGCCGGGGCACCAGAGGCUCCGCAUCAAUCCCACUCAUCCUCUUGUUUGAUUUGCCAAUUCAAACAGCGUUUACGACCUGUUAUGAUGCUAUGAAGACUGACAGUUCUAUGGAAGUGCAGAUUCCCACUUCCUAACCUCAUCCUUGCAUAUAAUUCCCUGUGUAAAGACCUUCCCCACAUUCCUCUCCAUCCCACAACUGUAUCAAACUCGGGAGAACACGCAUCUCCUUCUCUCGUUGAAUUGUUUGCUGGCACUUUACUCAAUGUGAACUUUGCCAAGGGUGUCUGUGUCGGGGAUUUUAGCAUCUUGAGAUUGGUUACCCUUGUUGCGUGUCAUUAAUCACCUGAUGUCAGAAGUUGUUGAUUCGACUGCGUGCGUAUUUCCCUUUUUCUACAUUUCAAUGUGCUGCAUCAACGUUACUGUUUGAGUCUUUUUAUGAGCUCCAUUUGUUCUUAAUUGCCAACUUAACAUCAAGAUUCCGGUGUGGAGGGACAGUUUGCGUUUGUCUGUGUGUGAAUGGACGUGACGAUGUGGAAAAUGUCCUGUAUGUGUUUCUUCUCUGGUACCUGAUGUCAUUACUGUGUUGCCAGGUACUAUGUGUUACUGCACUGGAACUAAAUGGUGAAAGCACUGAGCCAGACCCAGGCAUCGCAUUUGGAUGUAACCAAACUUCUUAUGCUUACUUUGCUACUUGGGGAUGUGCUGUACUGACUGUUUUUUUUUUUUUUUUGUUUAACUCCACUACAGCUGUGCAAUAUCAUACUGUCACGAUCGUCUUUUCCACUCAUUGUCUAGUCUCUUUAGAAGCUGUUUCCUGCGGUAGUGAUGUUCUUAUUGUAUGUCAGCAUCAGGUUUCUGUACAGAAUGCAGUUUCAUUUAGAUUUUUUUACCCAGGUCUAACUCCUGUUUUGUUGUAUUCGUACUGCUCUAAAAGUAGUGAAAAUGCACUGAGAGCCAGAAAGGUGACCAGAAAUGGUCAAACUUCAAACUGUAAGAUGUCCUCUCAAUCCUGGGCAUACGUCAUGUACAAAUUUAGUCUCCAGUGUUGUCCUUCGUGCUCCAGAAAAACUGGAUAAGGGUAAUUACUGCGGCAUAUGCCUCACUUCCACUUGGAGGAAUUAAAGACAUGCAAAGACCAGUGUUAGUUAAUGUAGUGUUAAAAUCAUGGAAAGGACAACUCAAGGUCAGUGGGAGGAGCCAAAUAAGGACUAGCAACGAAGGAUAAUGUUUUGUCGAUCAUGCCCCCAGUAAAGCCUGCAGUGACGACAACUCAUAUUAACUCAGACAGCCAGAAACAGGAGGCGCUAAUGGUACGUUUUAAAGUUAAUGUGGCUCUUUGCAGAUCCAAGGUCAAGUUAGAACCACAGAUAGACGAUAUCUCUGACUAUAUAGCACAACCUUCGAAGAGGGGGACAACGCUCUGCUGCACAAAAACGUAAAAUCAUUGCUGGGAUGUACAGUCGAAAGGGGCAAUAAUUGAUUAGGGAUGAAGUCGUUUUCUAUUGAUUGUGUCUGUUCUAUGUACAUGUACAUGUAUUGUAUGUGAGUUUGUGUGCACAUGCCUUCCCAUAGAGAUAAACAGGGUCAUGUUCCUCAGUUAGAGACAAAUGGUCUCUAGUGAGCCGGUAGUGUGAAUUGACAUAACAAUGAGCUAUUGUGAUUUUGUCUAAGUCUGUACAACCUAACGUCAAUUUCAGGUUGGCUCCAGGAUCGCUCAUCUGCUGAAGAAUGCAAAAAGAAAAAGCCCCAAGUCACUGGACCUGGAAUCUGCAAGUGUGCCUACACAUGCUGGAGAUCACAAGAAAAAUCUGAGAAUUGAAUCUGUAUGAUGUGUCGCAAUGGUUCACUCUUGAACAGUAACUGCUGGAUACGUAAAUGUCUCCCUGCAGCUACGACUCCACUACCAGCAAACUCGGACUUCAGCGUUAGAAAUUGCCAUCAACCAGUCCAAUAUUCUGAGGUUUCUCAGCAAGAUUCCUGCUGACAUUCAGAUUUCUCAUUUGGAAAGUUGUCGUUCCACUCUUCUCCAUUACUCGUGGUUCCAGUAGUUUGUCUUUCGCAGUCAGCUGAAUGCGCUUUCAUUGUGCAUUUCACUCCCACGACGAAGCUUGAUCUAUCCUGGGCCAACCUCUGACUGUUACUGUGUCCCCUGUAUAUAGGUAAUGCCGUUCAUGUGUUUUUAGACGUGCUCUCUCUCUGUAAAGUGAUCAAAGCUCCAUUGGAAGACGUACUGUACGUGGGACAAUUUAUUGCUGUAUCUGUGUUUGAAUGGUUGUAUUUUGAAGGUGUCAUCAUCCAGGGAUGGGUGGGGGGUUGGUUUUAUGUUUGUAAUGUUUAUGUCCACCUGGAGAAGGAAGUGGGUGGGAUUUGGGGUUGGGUGGGUCAAGGGUUAACUUUCACAACUGGUCUAUACCAAGAGUGUCUUCAUCGAGGAAGUGGACAGGACAGGGUCUGUCCUCUUCGAAACAGGAACAUUUUUUGCACCAAAGUCAUCAUCAAAGCGCAGCUUCUUAUUCAAGGUCACUAAGGAUGGAUGAUAUCAGAACUCAAAAGAAUCUUUUUUUCUUUUAUGUUUUAAGACAAAGAAACUGUCUUCUUUUGCAUGAUUAAGUGUCGUCUUUUUAUUGGCUUGUGUGCCCGGUAAAAGCAUGACCAUUGUGUGAACUCUCACUUACCGGUGUGUUGGGAAACUGUUGAGGAAAUUUCUCCAUGAGAUUUUUUACUUACCUCUUGACAUGAACAUUCAUUGACAUUCAUAAUCAAUGUUUUACAAUGUAGGGUCUGUAACUGUUUGAAGGCUGCCUCGCAUGCAGAAAUGCAACUUGCAAGUAACCCAUCAAACUUCAAACUCAGUUACCAUAACUGCAUUUUUGUAAAACACCAUGGAUGUCAAUACCAGUUAUCACCUAGCUAGCUAGACAUUGCAGUCUUGUAAAAUCGCUCUUUAUUAAAGCGUUGCUAUUUUCAAUACAUGUGUUUGAAUGCUUGCUCCUUUUUCAUACUAUGACAGCAGCAUCAUGGGAGGUUGUGAUUGAAAGUCAAAGUACUGUAUAAGUGUUUGGUCUGGUCCAUAUUGUGAUGUGUUUCUAACGUGUUUGCCCAGUCUUGUCCUGUCUGUCCCCAUCUACCCAACUUAAUUUUUCCUGUCAUCCUUCAAAGCGCCAACUGGUUUUCCCAAACCAGACUUGGAAGAAGUUCAAUUUAAUUUGAGACCGUUUGGUAAAGCCAGGUAACCUGUCUGUUAAAGCGCAGAUGGGUAUAAUGUCUAUCAAAAUUAAGUAUCCAAACGUCUCUGUCUGUAUCCUUUUGUAGCAUAUAGUUUAAUUAUAGAGAAUAAACUGAUUCUUUUCCUCCUUUUUCUGCUAGAAAAAUGUAACUGACAGCAAAAAAGCUACAGUGUGAACUCUUACUUGCAGUAUUGAAUCCAGGGUUUGAUUUCUUUGAAGCUUCCUUGGAUAAUUUGUCAGACUUUGUAGUUUGAGCAAAUCAAAUUCUACAGGUGAAUCUAUUUGACAAAAUAUAUUUUCUUCUCAUCAACAAGUCUAAUAAAGGAUUCAAAAAGAUAAACACGUUUCCAGCCAAGUAUUAAAUUAAUAUGCCACUCAGAAAAUUAAAGGAACACAUUUUUACAGGAGAAAAUCUUAAUCAUAAAAAUGUGGUUUUGAGUAAUUGUGGUUGCUUAUACUGAAUAAUUUCAUCACUGACCAAAUUUUGAUAAAAAACAUUAAAUUAUAUUGCUUCCUUUAAUUUUUCUGAGUGGAGUGUUUAACAAACAUUUAACUUCUACCAUCCCUCCAACUUUACAAAAGACUUACCUUAAAUUGUACUUACCACAGUGGGAUGUUUGCAGUCUUAUAUUUUCUCUAAAGGAACACUCAUCUACUGACUCAAGCGUUUACAGAUACUCAACCGGGAUUCCUACAAAACAGACCCUUCUAUGUUAACUCAAAUUACCAAAUUAAUAUGGUUGAUAAAAACCAGCUAUUUACCUUACCUGAGCAGGAAAGGCACUUCUACAUCGUUAUGCUAAGGUAAGGCGUAUGAUGUCAUUUCAGCCUCUAGCCUUCAUCCUUUACAUACAUACAACUACUCAUAUUACCUCAGUAUACCCUCAGUAUUGUGUAUGCUGCACUUAGUACACUCAUUCUGUUCAUCAGUGUUG